AUGUCGUAUGCGCAGAUUGAUCUUCGGGAUAAGCCUGCACUAGAGCAACUUUUUGCUUCAACAAAGUUCAAUGCUGUCAUCCAUUUUGCUGGAUUGAAAGCAGUUGGUGAAAGUGUGGAGAAACCCUUUAUGUAUUAUAACAAUAACAUCAUUGGUACCAUUACAUUGUUGGAAGUCAUGGCUGCCCAUGGAUGUAAAAGGCUCGUUUUUUCAUCAUCGGCUACUGUUUAUGGUUGGCCAAACGAGGUUCCAUGCACAGAGGAGUUUCCCCUAUCUGCUGCAAAUCCAUAUGGGCGAACCAAGCUUUUUAUUGAAGAGAUAUGUCGUGAUAUCUAUCGUUCAGACUCCGAGUGGAAAAUCAUAUUGCUGCGGUACUUCAAUCCAGUGGGUGCACAUCCAAGUGGCUAUAUAGGAGAGGAUCCUCGUGGUAUCCCAAACAAUCUCAUGCCCUUUGUGCAGCAAGUUGCCGUUGGAAGGCGGCCUUCAUUGAAUGUUUUUGGGACUGACUACUCAACAAAGGAUGGUACAGGGGUGCGUAAUUACAUCCAUGUCGUGGAUUUAGCAGAUGGGCAUAUUGCUGCAUUGAACAAGCUAUCUAAUCCUUCUAUAGGCUGUGAAGUAUACAACUUGGGAACUGGGAAAGGAACAUCAGUUUUGGAAAUGGUAGCAGCUUUGGAGAAGGCAUCUGGAAAGAAAAUUCCCCUUGUGAUGGCUGGUCGGCGACCUGGUGAUUCUGAGAUUGUAUAUGCAUCAACAGAAAAAGCAGAACGUGAAUUGAACUGGAGAGCAAGCUACGGGAUUGAGGAGAUGUGCCGAGAUCAGUGGAACUGGGCCAGCAAGAACCCUUAUGGCUAUGGAUCUCCAGACUCUACUGCUUGACUCAUAGCUCUGUGAUUGUCUACUCUCCAAAUUGCAUUACUGUUGUGGUCGUGUAUGAUUCUGCAGUUCUUAUACCGUCUGCCUGUGCACCACCAGUCCUGGGGAAGGAUUUGAAUUUGGGGUUGCAGAAGUAGUAACAGGGUUAUAAAAUUGUUUAAAACGGAACUAAACAGUAAAAAUGCACUUUAGUCGCAACUUCUUAUUUAUGUGGCUAGUGUCUCAGUGAAUCAAAGCAUAUAUCAGUGGAAACUUUCUCAUAGUUAAUGAUGCUUGUGUUUUGGUUGUGCUGUGCCCUUACUUUGAUUAGAUGAGAAUGAUGGUAUGCUCUGCCAUUCUUGGCACCAGAAGGUGGUUCAUGGUUAAGGCUUCGUUAUGGACCUGCAGCGAUGAUGUCCCGAACCUUGCACAAUAGCUGUGGCACCAACUGGCCGUGGAGCGGCCGCCAGGAUAUGAGCCAGGUUGCGAUUUGUAAUUUGAUAUUUAGCAGUCAUGAAGCUUAUAUGAAUUUGAUAUUUUAAUUUUAAUAUAAAAUUUGCUGGAUGUAAAUAUUGUUGACAAAUGAUGUGAUUGUACCUGCAUGGCU